CAUUUAUGAACAACACGCUACAACCUAACGGUUAUACAUUUGCUUUUACUACAGCUGCAAAGUUUGGACAGCUCUAUCUUAAUUUCCAAGAAUUGGAUAAAAAUUUUCGUAUAAUUGCUUUUGUAAGACAAUUUGCAUUCUUUGUGGGAACUUUUAAUGAAAACGUCAUUCUUAAAUUAGUGUGUUUUAUACAAUACUUCUGAAAAUUAUUUAGAAGUAACUAAUUAAAGGAAGCCAGAUUGUGAUUGUGAGAAAGAUGUGUACCACUAAUUAUCACAAGGUUUGAUUGAUUAUAAUUUAUCCGUAAAAAUUACAUCUUGUAGAAAUGGGGCGACUUGGGACUUGGGAGACGAAAGUGGUGUUAACCUGGCAGCAAUCCAAGAUGCUACUUUGGCCCAAUAACCACUAACCAGGCUUACUAUCGGGAAUAAUCCCAUACAUGAGGCCCAAAAGAGGUGUUGCUAAUGGGCCAAUAGUUAAAUCUGCAAGGGUUUACAAAAAAAUAUUUUAAAAAAGGAGCGAGUUCAUUGUUCUAGGUUCUAAAACCCUACAAAAAUAUUGCCGUUUGAAGUACCAAACCCUGCAAAUCGCGUCUCUCGGCGGAACAAAGCUCCCGUACGGCGACAUGGAACCGGAGCUGGUAAUUGCCUCUUCUUCAGUCGACGCCGGCAUCGGCUGUUGGGACCUCGAAACGGGAGUUAAGCAGCCGCUCCACUACAAAUCCUGCGCCUCCACCCGCCACGGCCUUUCCGCCGUCGGCAGCCGCUUCCUCGCAUCUUCUCAGCUCCGAGACCCUAAAGUCAAAAAUGGUUUCAUUCACUACUGGUCUUGGUCCAAGCCGGGAGUGGAGGUGAAGAGCUUUCUGGCUGAGCCCGUAAAGCCCAUAGCUGCUAAUCCUGAAGGGACUUACAUUGUUGGUGGAGGGAUUUCCGGGAAAAUCUAUCUUUGGGAGACUGCUACUGGUAGAUUGUUGCUUGAGAGAUGGGAGGCGCAUCUCAGGCCGAUUACUUGCCUGGUAUUCAAUGACGACGGUUCACUUCUGGUUUCUGGGUCGGAGGAUGGCACUGUUAAAGUGUGGCCACUUUUGAAGGUGUUAGAUGAUAGAGAAACAGACAAACCAAGUCAUCGAUACUUGUAUAACUUUUCAGACCACACUAUGCCAAUAACUGACUUGGUUAUAGGUUAUGGAGGAUGGAAUGCAGUUAUUGUUUCAGCCUCCGAGGACCGAACUUGUAAGGUAUGGAGCUUAUCUAAGGGUGAAUUGUUGAGAAGUGUUGUGUUUCCAUGUAUAAUCAAUGCAUUAGUCUUGGAUCCUGCGGAAACCGUCUUUUAUGCUGGUGGUAAAGAUGGAAAGAUAUAUAUUGCUGCCCUUAGUGCUAGUAGUUCAUCCAGCAAAAGUCCUUGGUUGCACAUCAUUGGUUCGUUGUCUAGUGGAAGUAAGAACUUGAGCGACGCUGUGACUUCCUUAGCAUACAGUACCAGUAAGAACUGGUUGCUUGCUGGAUCAGAGGAUGGGUCAAUUCGAGUCUGGGAUCCCAAGAACAUGAACCUAAUUCGUGGAUUCCAUUAUGAAAAAGGUCCUGUGAACAAUCUGCAGGUCACAAGACGGCGAAAGUCUUCACUACCACCUCCACUGCAGAAAUUCCAAGCGUCGAAAGAUGACAAGUCAUUAACAGAUGCUGUCAUUGCCCUGCCGCAUACUAACAGUAAUCGUCUUGAGGCUGCAUAUGUCACCUCUCCUUUGAUCGACAACCAACUCAUAGAACUUCAGCAAAAGGGUUCUUCAGCUGCGGCCGAAAUGGGAGUGGCAAAGCUGAAGCAUGAUCUUGCAGAUUCUAGACAAAUGGUGAAGAGAUUGAAGACAACCUACGAGAGUCUGCAUAAAUUCUGCAUGGACGAGAUAUUGGAGGGUGAUGGCCCCCCGAAAGGCGUCGACUUCACCUCCAUCAGCACCCUUGUGAAAUCGCGCUUCUUGCAACUCGGGUUGGUGGCAAAGCAUGCGUCUACCUCAAAGAAAGGUGGCAAAAAGACCGGUGGAGUGACCAAAACCACUUCAUCAAAGGAUGCAAGCUCAAACAAAGCCAACACUGCCCUCGCUGAAAUUGAGGCGGCCGCCCCCCCGAUUAGCAAAGGACAGGGGCGCCCAAGCCGUAAGGUGAAAUCCCCAAGAAGGAUUCAGCCGAACAAGGUUCCCAGUCCCCAGGCGCUGGAGCCUUUAGGCGAUUUACUAGAAACGUGGGAUGCGCCUCAUGCCACCGAACUUGCAGACGUUCAGGCGCCUGUGGUAGACCUUCUCGCAGGGUCCGAUCUGCCCGAAGAUGACGAGCCGUUGGCCGUCCGGAAGAAGAGGAAGGCAGAGGGCGCCCAACACGAUUCGGGUAAGCGCCUACACUUGUCGGGCGAUGCAGAGGUGCCGGAGGGUUUGGAGAAGUGGCUUCAACCUCCGAAGCACAAGGUGAAUAUUGUUUGCUCUAACCGGUCGGCACUGGAACGAGGCGCCGCCCUCAACAUGGUUUUGACCGCUGGGGACGUACUCCUGGCGCCCCAAGACUUAGAGGACGCCGAUCCUUGGGGUGAGGUGGCGCGGAUAAACGCCCAUACGAUGCUGGUGGCGAAAAAAGGAAUAAUGGAGCGCGAGGCGCUACGUGCCGCGCCCAAUGAGGCGACCACCUCGCUCAGUGUGGCCCAAGAUAAUCUCGCGACGACUCAGAGGCGCCAAGAGGAGCUCGUCCAGAUGUGCAACGAUGCAGAAUUUGAGGCCGUGAAGAGCGCCUCUCUUGUGCAAAUCAAGAUUGAUGAAGAGAGGCAGCGGUUGCGCGAAGAAUAUGAGGCGCAGCUCGAGAAUGAGAAGAGGGCGCAUGCGGAGACGAAGGUUAGGCUGGAGAAGGAGAAGGCUGACUUAGAGAACGAGGUAGCCGCCCUGAGGAGCGAGAUGGACAUUCUUAAGGAAGAGAAGGGCGCACUGAAGAAAGACAAUAAGUAUUUGCGCAAGGAGAAUAAGAAGCACUUGGCUGAGAUCCAUGCGCUUAGGGAGGAGAAGCAGGCGCUCGAGACGGAGAUGGAGGUGUUCGAGGCCCAAUCCGCAGAUUUCGCGAAGUCUAGUGCUGGCCAGGCGCUCAAGGCUGAUGCUGCUCUAAACAGCAUGCUGAUUUUGCAAAUGAAGCUUGCCUCCGACCAUCCCGACAUCGAUUGGAACAUUCAGUCCAUGGUGGGUUUCGUCAUCUCCUACAUGGAGAGCGGGCGCCCUGUGGUAGACGAGGUGUCUGCUGAUAGUGAGGGCAAUGACGACUCGUCCUCCGACUCCGAGAAUGAGGCAGCGGAGUAAUGGCCAAGACAUGUACAUUUCAAUAAUUCUGUUAUGUGUGCGGUCUGUGUUCCAUGUAGUGGUUAUAGGCGCCUAAUAACUUUCCUUGCUUUGC